CAGUGCCGUACUUCCUGGCCGCUAGCAUGUCUUCGGCGUCUUCAUCCGACGUCUUCAUCCUCGUUAUUGGUGUCGUCCUCGCUGCGGCCUAUCUCUUUCGUGAUCAGCUCUUCGCCGUAGCCAAACCGAAAAAAGUUGUAGUGCCAACAUCUCCCCAAGCUGGUGAUGUCAAUCCUAGGGAUUUCGCUGCCAAAAUGAAGGCGGGGAACAAGCGCCUGGUCAUCUUCUACGGCUCACAAACCGGUACAGCUGAAGAGUAUGCCAUCCGUCUAGCCAAAGAAGCAAAAGCCAAGUUCGGUCUCACCUCUCUGGUCUGUGACCCUGAGGAAUACGACUUUGAAACACUAGACAGUCUUCCGGAAGGCGCAGCCGCUAUCUUCGUCAUGGCUAGCUAUGGCGAGGGUGAACCCACAGAUAACGCCGUCACUCUCUUGCAGAACCUGAGCGAGGAUUCUUUCGAGUUCAGCCAGGGUUCUCACAGGUUGGACAAUCUCAAAUACGUUCUUUUCGGGUUGGGUAACAAGACAUACGAGCACUACAACUUGGUCGCGAGACAGGUUGACCAAUACUUGACUGGCAUGGGCGCCACUCGUAUUGGCGAGCGCGGUGAGGGUGAUGACGACAAGAGCAUGGAGGAGGACUACCUUGAGUGGAAGGACGGUAUGUGGGAAGCAUUUGCCAAAGCCCUAGGCGUCGAGGAGGGCCAAGGUGGUGAUACCGCCGACUUUGCAGUCUCGGAACUGGCAUCUCAUCCAGAGGAGAAGGUUUACCUCGGCGAGCUUUCCGCACGCGCCCUCACUAAGACCAAGGGCAUUCAUGACGCCAAGAACCCUUACGCCGCUCCAGUCGCUGUUGCACGCGAGCUUUUCUCAGUAACUGGUGAAAGAAACUGCGUUCAUGUUGAGCUAAACAUCGAGGGUUCAGGCAUUACCUAUCAGCAUGGAGAUCAUGUCGGUGUAUGGCCCACCAACGCCGAAAUCGAAGUCGACCGUCUUCUUUGCACUCUUGGUCUUCACGACAAGAAGGACACUGUCAUUGGCAUAGAAUCCCUCGACCCUGCCCUCGCCAAGGUUCCUUUCCCUGUUCCGACUACGUACGCCACUGUCCUUCGUCACUACAUUGAUAUCAGCGCCAUGGCCGGUCGUCAGAUUCUCGGUUCCCUCUCAAAGUUCGCUCCCACUCCUGAGGCAGAAGCUUUCUUAAAGGAAGUCAACUCUAACAAGGAGACUUACGCGGACGUCGUCGGCAAGGGAUGCCUGAAGGUUGGAGAAAUUCUCCAGACUGCCGCUGGAAACGACAUUACCGCAAUUCCCUCUACGAGCAAUACUUCCGUUUGGAACAUUCCUUUCGACUUGAUCGUGUCCUCCAUUCCUCGCCUGCAACCCCGGUACUACUCUAUUUCUUCUAGCCCCAAGAUCAACCCCAACUCCAUCCACGUUACUUGCGUUACUCUGAAGUACACGUCGGAGGGUGACAAAGUCCCUACUCGCUGGGUGUAUGGUGUUGGUUCCAAUUUCUUGUUGAACCUCAAAUACGCCGCGAACGGGGAGACAGUUCCGUUGGUUUCGAGUACCGGUAUCGCCAAUGCGGCUCUCCCUGCUUAUGCUAUCAAUGGCCCCCGUGGUGCUUAUCACCAGGAGACCAUCUACAAAUCACCGAUACACGUUCGUCGGUCUACGUUCCGUUUGCCAACCAAUCCCAAGAGCCCCGUCAUCAUGAUUGGUCCUGGAACUGGUGUCGCUCCAUUCCGUGGUUUCGUGCAGGAACGUGUUGCUCUUGCUCGCCGUACUCUUGAGAAAAACGGGCCGGAUGCUCUCGCUGACUGGGGUAGGAUUACGCUGUUCUAUGGAUGCCGUAAAUCGACCGAGGACUUCCUAUACAAGGAAGAAUGGCCGCAGUACCAAGAAGAACUGAAGGGCAAAUUCACGCUUCACUGUUCCUUCUCGCGAGAGAAAUACAGGCCCGACGGCAGCAAAAUUUACGUGCAGGACCUUAUCUGGGAAGACCGCCAGAACAUCGCUGAUUCUAUCAUCAAUGGAAAGGGAUACGUGUAUAUCUGCGGUGAGGCGAAGAACAUGAGCAAGGCUGUCGAGGAGGUUCUGGCCAAAAUUUUGGGUGAGGCCAAGGGUGGAUUGGCUGAAGUCGAAGGUACGGCGGAAGUAAAGAUGCUGAAAGAGCGGUCAAGACUCUUGUUAGAUGUCUGGAGUUAAACGGCUAAUGGUACACAGGCAGAGGUUGUGUUAAUUUCAUAGUCAUUUAUGGCCCGCGAUGCCUGCAUUAUUCUUUUC